UCAACUUUCUUCCUUCCAAAAUUUUAUCAAUCAUGGAAGAGCCCUUCCAAUCUCAAUUGCCGGCGGCUCGACAGACACAACAUACCGCAGCAACCUCUUCCUCAACAAAAGACUGAUGUCCAAAAGAUUGUGCUGAGCUUCGAACGAGAAGUUCAGGGCCCUCCUUCGUAUCAUUUUCUCUCCUUUCAUUCCUACAGCUCAAAUCUCUUUGCUCCUAGAGCUUGGAGCGCAUUCCACCCUUUUGGCGAAAUUUAUGGAUAGUCUCCCGCCCGAUGACGCUGGAACUACUGAUCAGACGCCAGCAUUUGAAGACGACAGGGUGUAUCUUGUGCCCUACAGGUGGUGGGCGGAGGUGCAGGAGCUGGAAUCCGAGCACGGUAUCGGCAAUGUGGUUCGAGGGAUCCCUUACACUGCCUCGCCCGCGCCAUCCUCGUAUGGUGGGCCGAUGCGGAUCAUCAACAACAUCUUCAACUCGGAUCUUGUAUUUAGUCUCCGGCGAGAUGAUUGUCUUAUGACGGACGAUGCGGAGCAAGGGUUUUCCGGACGGAGCUAUGCUUUGAUUCCGACUGAUAUGUGGUCGGAGGCGCUCAGCUGGCACAGAGCUGCAAACAGUGGAAACCUAGUCUUCCUUGAGGAUGAAUCCGUUGAUGUUUAUCCUUUAAAGCUUAGAAUUUCUGUCAUAAGAGAAACAAGUGUAAUGACAGUAAGGAUCUGCAAGAAGGACAACGCUGUUGAAAGUUAUAAGCGUGCAUGCAAGAUCUUUUCUGUUGAGUCUGAUAUGGUCCGCAUUUGUGAUUUCUCUGGACAAACAAAUCUUAUAUUGAUGAAUGAAUGGAACAGAUUGCCGCAAGAUGGUCAGCGGCUAUUAGAUCAGGAGAAUCUUCUAGAGUUACAAUUGUAUGCUCAGUCUGAGUUGUUGUCUGAAGGGAAAAAGGAUGACUUGUUGGCGCGACAAUCUAAAAUCUGUUGCGGGGGCUCAGUUGUGAGCAAUGGUAUCAUAAUGCAGACUGAAUAUGAUCUUUAUUUUGGUAUCUCGAAGGGCUAUGUUUCUUUUGGAUUGACUGGUCUAGAAAACCUUGGAAACACAUGCUUUAUGAACAGCGCAAUCCAAUGCUUGGCUCACACGCAAAGCCUUGUUGAAUACUUUCUUGGAGAUUACAGCAGAGAAAUAAAUCAUCAAAAUUCGUUAGGGAUGGGUGGGGAACUUGCUUUGGCAUUUGGAGAGUUGUUGAGGAAGUUGUGGGCUCCUAGUAAAACUCCAGUAGUGCCUAGGGAUUUUAAGGCAAAACUUGCUCGUUUUGCCCCUCAAUUUAGUGGCUUUAACCAACAUGAUUCUCAAGAACUACUUGCUUUUUUGUUAGAUGGUCUCCACGAGGAUCUAAAUCGGGUAAAGUGCAAACCAUAUGUUGAAGUUAAAGAUUCAGAUGACCGUCCGGAUGAAGAUGUAGCCAAUGAAUACUGGCAAAAUCAUUUGGCCCGAAACGAUUCUAUCAUAGUGGAUGUCUGUCAGGGACAAUACAGAUCUACAUUAGUUUGCCCUUUCUGCAACAAGGUGUCUGUCACAUUUGAUCCAUUCAUGUACUUGUCUUUGCCCCUUCCUUCAUCUACCACCCGACCAAUGACUGUGACAGUCUUUAGUGGUGAUGGUAGUGCUCAACCUUCUUCUUAUACAGUAAAUGUGCCUAAAGAUGGAAGAUGCAAGGACCUUAUACAUGCUUUAAGCUGUGCUUGUUUUCUGAGAAAUGAUGAAGUCCUUCUAGUAGCUGAGGUUUAUGCUAACCGUAUCAUUCGUUACCUGGAGGAUUCAUCUGAUGUACUUACCUUAAUUAGAGAUGAUGAUCAGCUAGCAGCAUACCGGCUUCCUAAAGAUAAGGAAGAUCUCCCUUUGGUUGUGUUUACUCACCAGCAUGAGCAGGAACGUUACAUCCACAGUGUUCUCCCUCCAAUUUGGAAGGUACUUGGCGUUCCUCUAAUAGGAAGGUUGAUAGGUCCUCCUUCUGGAGUUGCAAUUCAAAACCUCUGUCUGAAGUUGUUGAAUCCAUUUCUCCGAUUCUCAGCUAUUGCCUCUAGUGUUGAUGAAGCCAAUGAAAGCAAUUCGUUGGAUGAAGUUGUUGAGAUGGAUACUAAUCUGGCUAGCAGUAUAGGUGUUAUUGACGCCGAAGAAGCAAGGGAAAGUACUGGAGCCCUCCGUGAUAAUUUUCAAUUCUUUUUAACCGAUGAAAAGAGCCAGAAGAUGAUAUCCUUAAUUGAAAUGAAUGAGUCAGAGUUGGUGGCACCUCUUAAGAAACUGCAUGUGCUUGUCUGUUGGCAAAACAAAACAAUAAAAGGUUAUGAAAUUUCUCUUCUCAGUUCCUUACCUGAGAUUUACAAGUGCAGCAUCUUCACAAGAAGACCACACGAACCUGUUUCAUUAUAUGCAUGCUUGGAAACCUUUCUGAAGGAAGAGCCCCUUGGACCAGAGGAUAUGUGGUACUGCCCCAGUUGCAAGAAGCAUCAGCAGGCUAGCAAGAAACUUGAUCUCUGGAGGCUGCCAGAGGUUCUUGUUAUUCAUCUAAAAAGAUUUUCUUAUAACCGGUACACAAAGAACAAGCUGGAGACUCUCGUGGAUUUUCCCAUUAAGGGAUUGGAUCUAUCGAAUUAUAUUGUCUCCAAGACGCAAGAACUAAAAAACAAAUAUGACUUAUAUGCUAUUAGCAACCACUACGGGAACAUGGGAGGUGGUCAUUAUACUGCUUACGUUCAUCAUAAUGCAGAGGAUAAGUGGUAUGACUUCGAUGACCGCCAUGUUUCUCAUGUAUCCCUGGACAGUCUGAAGACAUCUGCUGCUUAUGUUCUCUUCUACAAGAGGGUUCAAGCCAGCUCCUCAGAGACACAAUCAACACAAUAGAUCUUAAUCCACUUCAACCUUUAUGUUUGAUUGACUUCAACAUGACUAAUUAUUCAGAGGUAUGGAGCACAGAAAUUUUUGUAGGACAUUCUUCAUAAUGGCAAUCUAGCCUCUCCGUGGUUACCUGCAAGAUCGAUAGGCGUAUAUAAUGAACAUUGAUUAGAAUGUGCAAGGAUAAAUUGUUUCAUUAUUGAUCACAUCAUGGUCUGUUAGUGCUCAGAUUCUCUUCAGCCCCUCUCGUGCUAACAGUCAGCUUCUAAGCAUUUUGUGUAUAAACCGCCGUUCAUCAGUAUAGGUUUUUUGGGAGCUGGCAUGCUUUUAAUUUUUAAUAAUCAGAUGACCUUAUUCAUUGAUAGGUUGUUUCAAUACCCUAGAAUAUGUUCGCUGUUAGAUUUUCUUGGAACUUCAUGCUCGUCUAAUGUAACGAGUACUCUGCCCAAUUAAAAUUGUGACCGACAUUUCACUUGCAUUUUGUAAAAUCCGUGGUAAUGUUCAUAGUUGGUUUUUAUAACUCUUUCGAGAACGCAAGUGAACAGUUUGCAGUUUUAUGACGUUGCUGCUUGUCAGUGUGUCUUUACUUCAACAAUAAAACUCUUCAAAAUGGCAGUGGCCAUCUCUAGAAGCAGUAGUGAAAUCAAUUGUGGACUUUUUCAGGUAAUUUGGUUGCAUCUUCUCUAUUUUUGUUUAUUGGGAGAAUGUUUCUUCUGUAUGGUCUACCUGACCAAGAUUAUACUUCAGCCGAAGUAGCUAAUUGUGUCCUAACUUUAUGUUCAGAAGUAGCGUUUCCGUUAACCUUAUAUUUGCACUGGCUGGGCUGUGAAUCUGAAUCAUG